UGUUGUUUAGAUCAGAGCUCAGACUAGUUUCAGUUAUCAGGAAGUGAAACUCACACAGUCACUGACACUGAGAGGAGAAAUGGAGCAGAAAGGAGUUCAGCUGGACCGAGAAACCUUCUCUUGUUCCAUCUGUUGGGAUCUACUGAAGGAUCCGGUGGCUAUUCCCUGUGGACACAGCUACUGCAUGAACUGUAUUAAAGGCUUCUGGGAUGAAGAGGAGGAGAAGAAGAUCUGCAGCUGCCCUCAGUGCAGACAGACCUUCACACCGAGGCCUGUCCUGGAGAAAAACACCAUGUUAGCAGAUUUAGUGGAGGAGCUGAAGAAGACUGGACUCCAAGAUGCUCCUGCUGAUCACUGCUAUGCUGGACCUGAAGAUGUGGCCUGUGAUGUCUGCACUGGGAGAAAAAUGAAGGCAGUGAAGUCCUGUUUGGUCUGUCUGGCAUCUUACUGUGAGGAACACCUUCAGCCUCAUUAUGAUGUGGCUCCAUUAAAGAAACACAAGCUGGUGGAGCCCUCCAAGAAGCUCCAGGAGAACAUGUGCUCUCGUCAUGAUGAGGUGAUGAAGAUGUUCUGCCGUACUGAUCAGCAGAGUAUCUGUUAUCUCUGCCCUGUGGAUGAACAUAAAGGCCACCACACAGUCUCAGCUGCAGCAGAAAGGACUGAGAGGCAGAGAGAGCUCGAGGGGAGUCGACUAAACAUCCAGCAGAGAAUCCAGGACAGAGAGAAAGAUGUGAAGCUGCUUCAACAGGAGGUGGAGGCCAUCAAUGAGUCUGCUCAUAAAACAGUGGAGCACAGUGAGAAGAUCUUCACUGAGCUGAUCCGUGUGAUCCAGAAAAGAAGCUCUGAUGUGAAGCAGCAGAUCAGAUCCCAGCAGGAAACUGAAGUGAGUCGAGUCAAAGAGCUUCAGGAGAAGCUGGAGCAGGAGAUCACUGAGCUGAAGAGGAAAGACGCUGAGCUGAAGCAGCUCUCACACACAGAGGAUCACAUCCAGUUUCUACACAACUACCCCUCACUGUCAGCACUCAGUGAGUCUACACACUCAUCCAGCAUCAAUAUCCGUCCUUUGAGAUACUUUGAGGAUGUGACAGCAGCUGUGUCAGAGCUCAGAGAGAAACUACAGGACAUCCUGAGAGAGGGAUGGAGAAACAUCUCACUGACAGUCACUGAAGUGGAUGUUUUACUGUCAGAUCCACCAGAGCCAAAGACCAGAGCUGGAUUCUUAAAAUAUUCACAGGAAAUCACACUGGAUCCAAACACAGCACACACACAGCUGUUAUUAUCAGAGGGGAACAGAAAAGUAACAUUAAUGAAUCAACAAUAUUGUUCUUGUUCUCAUUGUGGUGUAAAUUUGGAUUCUUAUUCUGAUCAUCCAGACAGAUUCACUAACAGGUUUCAGGUCCUGAGCAGAGAGAGUCUGACUGGACGUUGUUACUGGGAGGUGGAGUGGAGAGGGAGAGGAGGAGUUAAUGUAGCAGUCGCAUACAAGAAUAUCAGCAGAGCAGGGGAUGAAUGUUUGUUUGGAUGUAAUGACAAAUCUUGGGCAUUAGAUUGUUUCAACAACAGUUUUACAUUUUGGCACAACAACAUUGAAACUCCUGUCUCAGGUCCUCGGUCCUCCAGAGUAGGAGUGUACCUGGAUCACAGAGCAGGUAUUCUGUCCUUCUACAGCAUCUCUGAAACCAUGACUCUGCUCCACAGAGUCCAGACCACAUUCACUCAGCCGCUCUAUGCUGGACUUUGGCUUUGUUAUUCUUAAGGAGACUCUGCUGAGUUCAUUAAACUGAAAUAGACUGAAGUCUUUCAUAUUGUUGUGGGUUUAAAUCUGUAUUUUAGUUUCAUGUUAUUUUCUCUCCAUCAUUUUUGUGGCAUUUCUGCACUGCACAGAGAUCAGCUGUCAGUCAAACAUUAUGGGUGGUACCUUGACAUCUUCUAGUUGUUCUCUUGGUGUUUUGGAGUUUUUAGGUGGAGCUCUUUCCUGUGUCUGUUUAACCGUGGAGGCGAUCACUGCUCAUGAUGAUUUGGAUUUAGAAAAAUAUUUCUCCACAUGAAAAUGUAAACUUCUCUGUGUUUGCUGAAUAUUUGUAUUGAUGUAUUUGUAUGUUGUUGAUUCUCUUCCACUUCAUGGACUAUAACAGAGAAAUCAGCAGAGCUUCCUUUAUCACAUAGAUUUUCUUCUCAUCACUUUGAAUGUUUGGAAAGAAAUCUAUAAUUACAUUUAUCUGAUUGA